AUGAAUGCAUCAUCACUAUCGGCAGAAGCGGCCGUUGACACGGCCCCCCACAAGGCGGCAGGCGGCGCCCCGUGGGUUCAAUUGGUCCUCGGCAUGGUCGCCAUGAUGGCGAUCUCCAGCCCGCAAUAUGUCUGGGCGCUGUUUGUGCAGCCGCUGCAGACCUCGCUGGGCGUUUCGCUGUCGGCGCUGCAGGUCACCUUUGCCUUGUUCAGCAUCUUCCAAUGCGGCAUAGGCCCUGUGCAUGGCGAGCUGGCGAGCCGCUUCUCCUCCCGCACUUUCGCGGCCAUGGGCGGCCUGCUGGUCGGCCUGAGCUGGGUCAGUUCGGCCUACGUCACCUCGCUGCCCUGGCUGUACCUGACCUACGGCGUGCUCUCGGGCAUAGGCACAGGCUGGGUCUACGUCGCCGUCGUGGAACUGAUGGUGCAGUGGUUUCCGGCGCGCCGUGGUUUUGCCGUCGGCAUGGUCGCGGGCUGCUACGGCUUCGGCGCCAUCGUCACCACCUUCCCGAUCGCCGCCAGCAUCCGCGACAACGGGCUGCAGAAAACCCUGGUGGUGUUCGGCAUCGCGCUGGCCGUGAUCAUCGUGCUGGCCGCGCUGGGCAUGAAGCGCGUCGCCGCGGCCAAGGACCCGGUGGGCGCCGGGCUCGCUGCGCCGAUUCCGGUGGCACCCGGCUACGCACCCCGCGAGAUGCUCAAAACCCCGCUGUUCUGGUUGAUGUUCCUCAUCAUGGCUAUGGUCGCCACGGGCGGAUUGAUGGCCAUUUCGCAGCUGGGCGCGCUGGCCAAACACUUCGGCAUCAGCGGCGAAACCGCCGUGAUGGGCAUGGCGGCGCUGCCGCUGGCCCUGACGCUGGACCGCAUCGCCAACGGCCUGACACGGCCCUUCUUCGGCUGGGUCUCCGACCGAAUAGGCCGCGAGCCGACCAUGCUGGCCGCUUUCAUGCUCGAGGCCUUCGCCAUCCUGAUGCUGCUCAAGUUCGGCACGAACCCGCUGGCCUUUGUCCUGCUGUCGGCCGUGGUGUUCUUCGGCUGGGGUGAAAUCUAUUCGCUGUUCCCCUCGCUGCAGGCCGACGUGUUCGGUGUCCGGCAUGCCGCGAAAAACUUCGGUUACCUGCUGAUCGCCACCGCGGUGGGCUCCAUCCUCGGCGGCCCGCUGGCCGCGCUGCUGUAUGAAAAAACCCGGUCGUGGGACUUGAUCAUCUACAUCAUCGUGGUGAUGGACAUCGCCGCCGCGCUGCUGUCGAUCUGGGUGCUCAAGCCCCUGCGUGUACGCUGGAUGGCCCAGGCCCGGCAAGACGGCCGGCUUUGA